UCUUCUUUUUCCCACUUAUCUCCACGAGUAAUAGAGAUGGCUGAUUGGGGACCAGUUGUAAUAGCGGUUGUUCUGUUUGUGCUAUUGAGCCCUGGGCUUCUGUUUCAACUCCCAGGAAAUAACCGGGCAGUAGAAUUUGCAAACUUUCAGACAAGUGGACUCUCUAUUUUAAUACAUACCAUUCUCUUCUUUGGCCUCAUUACCAUCUUCCUUAUUGCCAUUGGUGUCCAUAUUUACACCGGUAAGUUCAAGUGAUCUGAAACGCUGUUGAACGCAUGAUAUGUAGUGAGCAGCCUUCAUAUCAACACUUUCGUCUCCAUAAG